AUGUCGCAGCUGAUCAAGCGCAAUGAGGAAUUGCAAAACCUCUACGAAACCCUAAAGGUGCAACAGAGCAAGCUCCUUCACGGAGAGAACGAAUACAAGGCCGUUUGUGAUUGUACUAAGUAGCUAGAAGAAUGUUCUAAUCAUCUAUUCAGGUACUUAUUCAGGUAUUCUACUUUCAGGUUCUACUUUCAGGUUCUACUUUCAGGAUCACAUUAGUAGGCUUAUCCCGUGCAACAAUACUUUCAGGUUCUUGUUAGUUUUGGUUUCGUGUGCCAGCACGUGAUCGCUCCUCCUUUUUUUAGUAUAUUUUGAAAGAACAGUUAUGCCUUCUUCUUUCAUUCCUCGAGUCACAAGGUGUAAAUUUUAUCAUUCUCGCACAGCUGUAGUGGAGAUGCAGAAGCAGAUAGAAAGAUUGAAGGACGAAGUCCAGAAAUGCAGAGGCCAGAUGUCGAAUAGCACGAAUAUCAAGCGGCAAAUUCACGCACUAGAAAGAGAACUGAUACACGAACAGUGCAAGGUACUUACGCAGCACUAGUUUAUUUCAGAUUGAUAUGCUUGUUUGGAUAAAAAUGUUAUUUCAGAUUAUACUAAACUUAUAGAGGUCGUACUUCUUCAAGAUGUUCGUUGAACACCAGCGCAAGGAACAACGAGACUACACUCAUUUGGACGUAACUUUCCUAAAUGUUGCUAUGGUUGUUCCAAACAUUAACAUUCAUUGUCUUUCUCUUACACAAAACUAAUAGGUCAGACACUUAGAGGAGGAGAUGCGGUAUCCAAUGAACGUGCACAGAUGGCGAAGGUUAGAAGGGUCAGAUCCUCAGGCAUACGAGCUGAUGCUAGGCAUCAAGAGUCUGCAGAGACGUCUUAUCAACAAAACAGAAGAGGUAUAGUACAUAGUUUGUUAGUGGUAUCCGUGUAUACAUCGUUCGUACAGAGUGACCAUUUGAGACGCAAUGAUGACGAUGACGCGUUUACAUUGUAUCUUCGUGUAAGUUCAAACCCAACGUCGUCACCUACAAUUAUGAGGAUCCUUGUCUCUCUAGAUUAGAUGACUGUCUCAUGAACUUGAUGAAAGCACAGACGAUGAGGAGUCAGCAUCCCUAGAAUCACAAAUAUACCAUUCCCCUUCCCCUAACUACUUGCUAAAUUGGUUAAGAAUAACUGCCGCUUAGCGCGUCAAAAGCUACCUCCAGAGCAGGUAAAUGAUUGAAUGAAGGAGGCUAACCUAGUAAGUGAAGGAGGGUAAACUACUACUCCCUACUACCUACUACCUACUACCUACUACUCAAGGUGAUCGAAUGCGACAUGCUGACUCAGGAGAAGGAGAAGCUGUACGUGCAGCUGAAAAAUAUCUUAGCCCGUCAGCCGGGACCAGAAGUGUCCGAGCAACUUCAGUGGUACUAUGUAAAUAAGCGAGUAACGAAUACGAUAGCCGAGUAUGUGAGAUUGUUCUCGAGCUUACUCGCUUAUUUCAGUUUUAUGUGAGAUUGUUCUCGAGCUUACUCGCUUAUUUCAGUUUAUCGAGGAAUACUCUAGUGCAACAAGACAAGAACCAUGAAGGUAGCACCUUGCACGGCGUGAUGAACAGAUGCAGAGGGCAUGGUAUCUGAUCGUGAGGUUUGUUAGAGUUCAUGUAAAAGGGUGAGGCUUUUCAGAGAAUUAAACAAAGGCCAUCAGGCGAAAGAAGCACCAGGAUAGCAGAGGUCUGCACAGUGACAUAUUAUAAGGAUUAGGCAUAGCAUUGCUUGAGAGAGGAUGCUUAGGAGAAUGGCAAUAUUGAGGGUGGCGAGGAUGCUGAUGAGAAUGACAAGGAUGAAGAUGCUGGUGAUCAGGCUGAAUCUGAGUUCAUCACGAGAAUGAUGACGUUGGUGAUUAUGUUGAAGUAAUAGAACAGCAAGAAAGUGGACCCUCAGGAAAUGAAUUCAUUUAAAAGGUCAUAAAAAACCAUUUUUUCGAGGAUUGGAGGUUUCAACUCUAAAAUUUGAACCUUCACCAUCAUCAAAAUCAUGACUAGUAUAAUUUUGGCUCUUGAAUCCUUGCAACUAAGUAAGACUUUGGAGGUUUAAGUAGCAUAUGCAUGCUCCAGAUAUCAAAAGUGGUGGGGUAUGAGCCUCCAUGAUCUUGAUCAUUAUCAAUUUCAGUGAAGUGAAAAGUGGCUCAUCAGGAAACUAAUCGAAUUGCUGGGCGAUAAAAACCCAUUUUUUCGAGAAUUGGGAUUUCAAUUUCAAAGUUUGAAGUUUUGGAAUCAUCGAAAUCAGCAUCAUCAUCUAGUUUCUUGAAGCUUUCCGCUGAGAUUCUUUAGGCUUAGAUGGUGCUAUCCACUCAAGUGUCACCCAUGCUGCUAUCCACCCAACUGGUUUCCCUAUUCUUCCCCAGACGUCCCCACAAGAAUCAUCACUAACAUCCUUGUCAAUUUCGCCACCCACAUCCGACCAGAUUCCUUAUCCUAUCCACCCAACUAGUCUCCCUAUCCUCACCAUCACCUCCAAUAUCACCAACAACCUCAGCACAAACACAUUCACCAACAUGCUCACCAAUAUGCUUAUCAACAUCCUCACCAUUUCAUUUUCGCCAGGCUGUCGCACUUAGCGUUCUAGCUGGAGUGGAUCCCCUUGAAUCUUGAACCCUACCUAUCAACAUUCUCCUCACCUUCAUACAUUUCCCUUGAGGAAUCCCUACCAUCAGCAAUCGUUCCCUGACGUAGGUACACUCGUUCCCUGAAGGAGAAGACAGCGCAGAUGAGGGCGAUGGCAGAAGAACUGAGUGGAUACCAUAAGAGCUGUGAGGAUCUGAGGAUGGACAUCGGGAGGUACAAGAAAGAGAUCAACAAUUGCAAGCAGGACUACUUCACUCGCAGGCGGCGUGGUGAUACGUUUCAUUAUGGUGGAAAAUGGAAAUGAUAUUACUAGUACCCUUACAUCUGGGGAACACCUUAUAAUUUCUAAGGUAGAGUAGUGUAUAGCACGCAUGGUGCGUGGAUUAGUGUCGUGAUCUCACUAUAUUUCUUUUUCUUAAUAUUCUAAGGUCUACACGCUUAGUAUGGAGUUUAAAAUAGAGUUUGUGUCUAUAUGUGCAUUAAAAAACCCACAUCAAAAGGAAACUAACAUGGUUUUCAGAACAGGGCAAUAUGCUUGAUGUCGCGCACUUCCGGAUGUCAAGCGUCACAAGCCUCUAACAUUAUCUCGACGCCAUACCUGAAGAGCAAGCGACACACGCCGCGCCUCCUCCCGCGGCCGCUAUGACAUCGUAGAAGUGGCGCUGUCCUGUUCUCGAUGGCGCGAUUUCUACAACUACUACUAGGUUUUGGAGAUACAACAAAGCUUUGUAGAUCUUCCUCAUUGCUGAUAUGCUGAGAUUUACUGAUGCCUAGUCAUCUAGCAUUAGGGAGACUCUAAGGACAAUGUUAAAGUCUUUUUGAGACAACGCAAGCACUAGUUAUUGCUAAGAACUGCUUUUCUCUUUUCUCUGAAUACAACCAUCUUAUUCUCUUCUCUUCUCUUUUUUCCAAUCAUAACGCUAGUCGGACUUGUACUUUCGCAACGAUGAACUUGUUAUAAAUAAUCGCAACUAGUAUCGCUUUUCGCAACGUUGUAAUUGAUUCUGCAGUUCAAAACUAGUGACAUACCAUGAAAUAGGGAAUAAAUGUUGAUGCUGUAGGGUUUCUUCAGGAUAGCUUUCAGUAGUGUAGCUUCAGUGUAGCUCCAGACAUUCACACAUAAUGAGUAUCUCUCUUCCAGAAAGAAUCAGUUUCAAGAUUUGACUUCAGAAUUUGCAUUUUCCAAAGCGUGACCAAGUUGGCAGAAUACACUCAGAAGAAUCAAUGCAGAAUCGCAAUGAAUCGAGAGGUAGUCGCUCGAAGAAUGGAAAUUUUGAAAGGGAUGUUGCCAGUUCGAG